AUGUCAUCCGAAACGUCUAACCUUCAAGGAGAGCAUGUCGCACGGGUUGUCUGGGCAGCGCAUAUUCUCGCCUAUCUUACUAAAGGAAGAAGCCAUGCGCAGGUCGAGAAGGUCGAAGAUGACGUUGCCAGUGAUACAGACAGUGAAAUUGAGACUGAAGUGGCAGUUGACGACGAGAUGGACACUGCGACAGCAAAAGCUGUACCUCUGUCUGCGUCAAGAGAGUCUGUUUUGCGGAAGUUUCUGGACUGCAUUUGCCAGCUGCUGUCGCCGUCCAAGGGAUGGGAAGGGGUUACUGCAGCUUCAAUGCGCGAAAGCAGCGGCAGAUUUUCUGUGGAGGUUGCACGGAAUGAUGGAUUCGGUUCGGAUUGCGGUAGCUUUGAUCCUGCAACACUCGAGUAUUGCCGGAUGCUGGAAGAGUAUUUAACCUCUUGUGUCAGUACUGAAGAGACAAAUACACCAGCAAAUUCCAUGGCGGAAUUUGAGGCCGCUUCGAUCAACUAUACCGCUAGUCGAGUUGACUACUGGAUUUCUGCCUGUCAAAGAACAUACGCAAAUAGUCAUAUUGACACGGAUUGGCAUCCGCAGGCAUGGCCUGGACGUGAGUCGGCAGCUCAAACCUGGACAUCGAUGGCUGAUCUUUUGGUGUGCUCUAAUAGCAAGAGAAUGGCCGCAGAUAUUAGAACGCUUUCGGUGCAACGGGCUUUCGGCUGCGUCAGUUCACCAGAAGUGCACCACUUACUCUUAGAUGCACUUGGUCCGAAAGUUGGCUCACGGCUUUGGGUGGCUUUGAAAUUCGUUGCCAGGCCCUUGACGGACUGUCAGCGUUUGCGAGAAAUUACUCUUUGGGAGUCAGAUCUCCGACAUGCUCAAAUUUCCCUAGUGCCUUCCGCGCCAAAGACGACACUGCGUAUGGAACACGUUAUUGAUAUUGUCACAGCUUGGGAGCGACUAGGUCUUGGGAUUGCAACCGAGCCAGUCAUCGAGUUGCUUGAUCCCUACAGAGAAUUGUUCAAACAGGCCUGUGCCGAGUCUCUCUCGUUGCAUGCUGAAAUGCAGCUCAUAUGUUAUCAUGAAGAGUGCCGUGGACGACGGAGAAUGUUGCAAUACUUUGGGUGUAGCAAGAAGUCAUGUCUUCUUUGUGAAACAUUCCUGGCUGCGAUGCACGAUCCGAUUGAGACCCGGGGUAGGCAUGGCGUGUGCUAUCCUGCCUGGGGAGUUCCGUGCUUAAACUCGGAUGCUAUAUAUCUCGUUACCACCGAAUUAGGAAACGACCUUGUGAACCGCAUCAGAGGUUUAUUCAACAGAAUAAUUCGACCGGGGGCGACAGCAAACGUCAUGCAAUCGGACUUUGUGUCAGACUUCUCGAAAAUUACGCUGGAAGAGUGGCGACAGAGACAGAAAAUUGUAGACAUAGCUAGGGCGGAACAAACCACAAAGUGGACAAAGCUGCAACUUAUUGAGGGCAAGGGUCAAGACUUACACACCAGGGCUCGCCCACGCCCAAAGUUUGAGCCCGAUAACUGUUGCGUGAUGUGUAAUAAAACGCCAGCCCGGCGAUGCGGGCGCUGUCGCAGCACCCAUUAUUGUUCAAAGGAUUGCCAGAAAAGCGAUUUUUCUUCCCACAAGUUGCUUUGCAAGAAGCUUGCUACCCUACCUGACCGUCCAUCACCAGAGCACAAGCGAGCCAUUUUCUUCCCAGUGCAUGAGACAGAGCCUAUUCUAAUUUGGAUCCCUACGGAGCGUCAAUAUGAAGAAGAUUCUAGGGUGUGGUGGACAGAUGCGCUCGUACGUUCAUACCUUGGUCCUGAUUCACCAAGUAUAGGGAGAUUGUAUGUGGAACACAACGACGUACGAGGACGAAAUUUAGGGUCCGGUAAGUUUGGAUCAGCCCUGCGCAAUGAAGGAUACUGUGUUACCCUGCUGCAUCGCGAUGGAUAUCUAAAGGACGGUUCGCCCCCAAAUAAAAGCAUACUGGCUUCUGUAAGAGCCUCUGGCGCCCCACGCCCUCCCUAUGCGUACAAUGGCCCGAUGGUUGCAAUGCGGGAGGUCCACCCAGAAGAUUAUGCCGAUAUACAGCUUUCCGACUUUCGGCAUCUGAUGGACUACCUAAUAACAUAUGCAAGCACGGGUGUCAGGGAAUCCGUUCCGGAUCUGCAGUAUCGGGCUCCCACGGUUGUUCGGGGCGUGAAGAUUUGCUGCGAUGGGGAGAUAAAACUUCAUGCAUCCGAGCCGUUCGUUUCAAUUGACGUGAGACGCUCAACCCGAAUUCAUCUCUCUUCUAUCCAGGGCAAUUGUAAUUCGCCGAUUUCCGCUCUCCUUGGCAUACCGCUCAUUUUCUGGAAAGACCCAGAUGCUGAAUUCCACGUUAACCCGCCCGGCUGGGAUGCAACACAGUGGGCAAGCAGCAAUCAGAAUGUGGCAUUCAUGAUGAUGAGAACCAACCCUUCUGAUACUUCAUGGGGAUGGGCUCCUCUGUAUUGGAACUACGAUAUUGGAAAUGUGUGGGUUGUCCGUGAAGACGGGCAGGAUCUGGAUGUGCGUGAAGUAGCGAUGAUGUGUCACUUCGCCAGGUUCAAGCUCCAAAGAAUGUUUGAGGAUACGUUAGAAUCAGAAGAAUCCACGCUUCAAGAGAGGAAGCGCGUUUUGAAAUAUAUUACGCGCGAAAACAUGCGAGCGUUUUGGGAGGAGACUGGUGGUGAUGAGGCGGACAGAAGCCAUGAUGAUCUGAGCGACUGA